AUGGGUGUCUUCGGAACCUUCUACAAUGUUGCCGGCAAGCGAUUCUCCACCUUACUCUUGACCGCUGCCGGAGGAGUUUUCGUGUUGGAUUUGGUCUUAAACAGGGGAACUGAGGCUUUCUGGGAAUCCGUAAGUUGAUUUUAUUGCUUGUUCUGUCUUUAAGAUCUAACAAAAAGCGUUACCUCUCGCUUUUUCAUUUGUAAAAUACGUCAUUUACGAUAUUUAUGUCGAGUAAUAUUGCAGAACAACCAAGGAAAGUUGUGGAAGCACAUUAAGCCCAAGAUCUUGGCCCAACAACAAGAGGAAUCCCAAUAG